AUGAUGUCGGCGUACUCUUCAACUGAGUGGUAUCGCUGUCCAUUAAAUAUAGCGCGGAAUGGCUACCUCAGGACCUAUAACGGGCAUUGUUAUGAGUUCAUCAAUCACGAAGUUCACUGGGGUGUAGCUAGCGCUGCCUGUGGGAACAAGGGAGGUCAUCUGAUCGAAAUCAGAGACUACAACACUCAAGCUUUCGUGGAACGCAGCCUCAAGGAUCUGAACUGGAACCGAAAUGGGAUGUGGAUCGGCGCCCAUGACACGGCGGACGAGGGAUCAUGGAGAUGGGUAACAGGUGAUCCGGUGACGUGGGGGUACUGGGCGUCCGGACAGCCGGAAUGGUGUUUUUUUCCCUGUAUUGAGGACUGUGCCAAUCUACGUCUGGACGAUAAUUACAGAUGGCAUGACAAACCGUGUGAUGUUUUGAAUUACCAUUACUCUUACGUCUGUCAGUAUGACAUGGGUCCAGUAUCAACGACUACAACAACAACCACAACAACCACAACCACGCCCACAACAACUACCACCACACCCACAACAACCACAACCACGCCCACAACAACUACCACCACACCCACAACAACCACAACCACGCCCACAACAACUACCACCACACCCACAACAACCACAACCACGCCCACAACAACUACCACUACACCCACAACAACCACAACCACGCCCACAACGACUACUACCACGCCCACAACAACUACCACCACCACAACUACCAUUGGCGAAGGUCCAGGUGUUGUACAAGGUCGAGUUUCUGGUGACGCAAUCAACACCGAUACUCUGAUUGGACUGAUUAUUGGACUGCUGGUGGCCGUUUGUGUUCUUAUAGCUUUAGUGCUAUUUCUUUUCAUGAGAAGAUGUAGAUUAUCAAAGAAGAGACAAGAUAGCAACGGAUUUGAUAAUGUUGGUUAUGCCGUGAACACAGAUCAAGUGACCAUUUCUCAACGCGCACAAAUGGCAGAUUCAAGAGCCGCAGAGAAUAUAUACGUAACCCCUUCUGGCGUCCCUGUGUCACAACAUAACCAUAAUAAUGUGUAUGAUAACACACAGAACGAGAUACCAAGGAAGUUGAAAAUCACCAAUGUUGAUUCUGGGAAAACAUUCAGCAAGGAAGCCUAUGUGAAUUCAUUAUCUGACUUAAAAGUUGAUCUUGACAGCAAAAAAGGAGCUUGUGGUGGAGAGUAUGACACACUGGAAUCGUCAUUUGACGACGACGAUUCUGAUUCAGUAUUCAAAGAGAAAUUUGAUCAACAUUAUGCGGACAUACCAGAUAUGGCAUCUAACGAUUACGCCAAUACGUCUACUAUGACGUCAGUAAAAUCAAAUCUUUACGACGACAUUGACAUGAGCAGAGAAAACACUCUGAACAGCGAGACUGAAAACUACCUACGGGCUUACCAUCCUGAUAAUCUGACUAAAUCUCCUAUUGAUUUUGUACACAAUUUACAAGAUAAAGAGUAA